CCCAAAGCACCCGAUUCCAUCUAACCGCUUUCUGGUUUCUCCCCCCGCUUUCGCCGGCGCCUCCUCCUCCACCACCACCACCACCACCAUCCCCCCACCAAUUGGACUCAGGGGAGACCUACCCGCGGAGACGCGAACUCGCCGCGGAUUCCUUGCCCUCCACGCCGCAAACCGCAGCCGCGCCUCCGCCUCCGCGGCGGGAUCCCUUGCUCCUCCUCCUCCACCCCCGCGCGGCGUGCGGAACUCGCCGAUGGCGCUUCUGGCCCCCGCCAUCUCCGGCGAGGUGGGUUUACGGCUCUUACUGGCACCACUAAGCUCUACUGUUGUCAUCCGUACAGCCAGUUGUGCAAUUGGGGUUGGUCUGCCUGUGUACUCCACUUUCAGAGCUAUUGAAAAGAAGGAUCAAAAAGAAAAAGAGCGGUGGCUCUUGUAUUGGGCAGCAUAUGGAUCUUUUAGCAUUGCGGAAAUCUUUGCUGAUCAGAUUCUUUCAAGUGUUCCUUUCUAUUAUCACGUGAAGUUUGCUAUUCUUGUCUGGCUCCAGUUUCCUUCAAACAGUGGAGCAAAGCAUGUAUAUAGAAGGUAUAUGCGGCCGUUUUUCCUGAAACAUCAAGCAAAAAUCGAUAGAAUCCUAAAUAUUCUAUCGAAGGAACUAAACAAGUUCGUGAGCAGCCAUGAAGAUGAGAUCCAUUUCAUAGAGCACAUGGCCGCCAGGGGUGCUUCAACAGCAAAUUAUAUAAUAAACGGUCCUGAACAAUCAGAAGCGGUCAGAGCAGCGAUCGAAGGGCCAAAUUCAACCACAACGGAAGAGGCUGGCACCCCCAGAAAUGAAACAUGAGCUUGACUUCAUCAGUUUCUUAAGUGUGUUUGGCAAGGGCACAGCAAAUACAUUUGUGUCGAUGUGCUACAGUAAUGUUUAUUUAGAUUAUCUUUCCAGCUUAUUUAUUUAGGGGUUUCCAGCUUUGUAUUUUUCAUGGGAUUUCCAGCUUGUUAGUGGAAUGUGAAUAUGAGCAUGACAGGUUCUGUGUCGCUUAAGCUAGAUCGACACUAUCAAACCACUUAUUCUGUUGGCAUGAGAUGUGGUAAUUUAACGUUUCAGAUUUUGCAUCUAGUACAAGGAAACAUACUUGCUAGUU